AUGGCGUUAACAGGACCUUCUGGGUAUGUAACAGAUGGGCCUGGAAAUUACAAAUACAAAACAAAAUGCACGUGGCUUAUUGAAGGGAGGCCAAACACAAUCCUAAGGCUUCGGUUUAAUCACUUUGCAACUGAGUGCAGUUGGGACCAUUUGUACGUGUAUGAUGGAGACUCAAUUUACGCACCGUUACUUGCAGCCUUUAGCGGUCUUAUUGUUCCUGAGAAGGAUGGCAAUGAAACCGUCCCAGAAGUUGUAGCCACUUCUGGCUACGUCUUGCUGCACUUCUUUAGUGAUGCUGCCUAUAAUUUGACAGGUUUUAAUAUCACAUACAAUUUCAAUGCGUGCCCCAACGACUGUUCUGGCCGAGGAGAGUGCAGGCUCAACAACGGCAGCAAUGCUGUUGAAUGUGAAUGUUCGGAGCAUUGGAAAGGAGAGGCUUGUGAUAUUCCCUACUGCCUGGAUGAAUGCGGAUAUCCUGAGAGAGGUCACUGCAACUUGAAUGGGACCAGAGUGUGUUCUUGUUAUUCAGACUGGCAAGGUCCUGGCUGUGCAGUUCCUGUACCAGCUAAUCAGUCAUUUUGGACCCGUGAGGAAUACACUAAUCCAAAGCUUCCUAGAGCAUCCCACAAAACAGUAAUCCAUGACAAUAUAAUGUGGAUUGUGGGAGGCUAUGUGUUCAAUCAUUCUGAAUCUCAGAUGGUUUCAGCAUAUAACCUUGUUACUGAGGAGUGGCUUUCCCUGAGCAAUGCUGUAAAUGCUGUGGAGAUCAGAUACGGUCAUUCGUUGGCAUUGCAUGAGAACAAAAUGUAUAUGUAUGGAGGAAAAAUGGAUGCAACAGGGAAUGUGACCAAUCAGCUCUUGGUGUUCCAUAUUCGCAAUCAGUCCUGGGUUCAAGUGAUCCCCAAAGCAAAGGAACAGUACGCAGUCGUUGGGCACUCAGCCCACAUUGUCACGCUGGAAGGGGGCAAGGCGGUUAUGCUCAUCAUCUUUGGGCACUGCCCGCUGUAUGGGUACAUCAGCAACGUUCAGGAAUAUGAUAUUGCCACGAAUACUUGGAGCGUUUUACAGACCAGCGGAGCUUUGGUGCAAGGAGGGUACGGCCACAGCAGCGUUUACGAUCCAAAUACCAGAUCUAUCUACAUCCAUGGAGGCUACAAGGCAUUCACCGCCAACAAGUACAGGCUCGCAGACGAUUUAUACAAGUAUGACGUUGAUACGCGCAUGUGGACAAUUCUUAAAGACAGUAGAUUUUUUCGCUAUUUGCACACCGCUGUGAUAAUGAGUGGAACCAUGCUGGUGUUUGGAGGAAAUACACACAACGACACAUCGAUGAGCCAUGGUGCAAAGUGCUUUUCUUCAGAUUUUAUGGCGUAUGAUAUUGCUUGUGAUCACUGGUCAAUCCUUCCUCGUCCUGAUCUCCAUCACGAUGUCAACAGAUUUGGCCAUUCAGCCGUCCUACACAACGGCACUAUGUAUAUAUAUGGAGGUUUCAAUAGCCUUCUCCUGAGUGACAUCUUGAGGUUCACACCAGAAAGCUGUGAAGCUUAUGACAGUAGGACAUCCUGCUCAAGAGCAGGCCCUGGAGUCAGGUGUGUCUGGAAUACCAACUCUUCUCAGUGUGUCCCAUGGGAAAUGGCAACUAUCGCGCAACAACAGAAGGUUUUUGAAGACUGCCCUCCCAAGCUAGACCACGAAAAAUGUGAUCAGAAUACAGACUGCUAUAGCUGCACGGCCAACACAAACAACUGUCAGUGGUGCAAUGACCAGUGCAUCUCGGGGCAUAGCAACUGCACAGAAGACCAGGUUGCCAUUACUGCCUAUGACAACUGCCCCAAGGAUAACCCUUCCUAUUACUGCAACAAAAAGACAAGUUGUAAAAGCUGUGCGAUGGACCAGAACUGUCAGUGGGAGCCCCGCAAUCAAGAGUGUAUAGCUUUACCUGAAAAUAUCUGUGGCGCAAACUGGCAUUUGGUGGGCAAUUCCUGUUUGAAAAUCACUAACACCAAAGAGAACUAUGACCAUGCCAAACUGGCCUGCAGGACUCAUAAUGCUCUCCUGGCUUCUCUCACCACCCAGAAGAAGGUAGAAUUUGUUCUAAAGGAGCUGGUGAAGAUGCAGUCUUCGCCCAAAACCCUGACCCCAUGGGUUGGGCUGAGGAAAAUCAAUGUGUCGUAUUGGUGCUGGGAAGACAUGUCUCCCUUUACAGACACCCUGCUUGGAUGGCUCCCGGGAGAACCAAGUGAUGCUGGAUUUUGUGGAUAUUUAGCUGAGCCUUAUCAGCACGGACUGAAGGCAGCAACUUGCAUCAACCAAGUUAAUGGCAGCGUCUGUGAACGGCCCGCUAACCACAGUGCCAAGCAGUGUCGCACACCGUGUGCCUUGAGGACAACGUGUGGAGAAUGCACAAGUACCAACUCUGAGUGCAUGUGGUGCAGCAACAUGAAGCAGUGUGUGGACUCGAACGCUUACGUGGCUUCCUUCCCUUAUGGCCAGUGCAUGGAGUGGUACACCACGAACAGUUGUCUACCUGAAAACUGCUCCGGUUACUGCACGUGCGGCCACUGUUUGGAACAACCUGGCUGUGGCUGGUGUACGGAUCCUACUAAUACAGGAAAGGGGAAGUGCAUAGAAGGCUCUUACAGAGGUCCAGUAAAGAUGCCGUCGUCAUCCAUGUUGAGACCCAUCCUUAAUGUCAGCAUGUGUCCAGCAGAGAAUCAUUAUAACUGGUCCUUCAUUCAUUGUCCAGCUUGCCAGUGCAAUGGGCACAGUAAAUGUAUAAAUGAAAGCAUCUGUGAAAAGUGUGAGAACCUGACUACCGGCAAACACUGUGAGACCUGCAUAUCUGGCUAUUACGGAGAUCCAACUAACGGAGGAACGUGCCAACCUUGCAAGUGUAAUGGGCAUGCCUCCAUCUGCAAUACAAAAUCAGGGAAAUGUUUCUGUACUACGAAAGGGAUUAAAGGCGACGAGUGUCAACUGUGUGAGGUAGAAAAUCGUUACCAGGGAAAUCCAUUGAAAGGAACGUGUUACUAUACUCUUCUUAUUGACUACCAGUUCACCUUCAGCCUUUCCCAAGAGGAUGAUCGCUAUUAUACAGCAAUCAAUUUUGUAGCAACGCCUGAAGAGCAAAACAGAGACCUGGAUAUGUUUAUCAAUGCAUCUAAAAACUUCAACCUCAACAUUACUUGGUCAACAAGUUUUGCAGCUGGUACCCAAGCUGGAGAGGAGAUUCCAGUGAUUUCAAAGACCAAUAUAAAGGAGUACAAGGACAGCUUCUCUAACGAGAAGUUUGAUUUUCGCAACAACCCAAACAUCACUUUCUUUGUUUAUGUCAGCAACUUCACCUGGCCGAUAAAAAUACAGAUUGCUUUCUCACAGCACAGCAACUUUAUGGACCUGGUACAGUUCUUUGUGACCUUUUUCAGUUGUUUCCUGUCUUUGCUCCUCGUGGCUGCUGUGGUUUGGAAGAUUAAACAGAGUUGCUGGGCAUCACGACGGAGAGAGCAACUACUCCGUGAGAUGCAACAGAUGGCUAGUCGCCCCUUUGCCUCCAUCAAUGUUGCCUUAGAAACAGACGAGGAACCGCCCGAUCUCAUUGGAGGAAGCAUAAAGACUGUUCCCAAGCCCAUCGCACUGGAGCCUUGCUUCGGUAACAAAGCAGCAGUUCUCUCCGUAUUCGUUAGGUUGCCUCGAGGCCUAGGAGGUAUACCACCGCCUGGACAGUCAGGUCUUGCAGUAGCCAGUGCUCUGGUGGACAUUUCACAGCAAAUGCCAAUUGCCUACAAAGAGAAAUCAGGAGCAGUACGAAAUCGGAAACAGCAACUCCCCGCACAGCCAGGAACCUGUAUUUGAUGCAUGGACAUCAGAAACUGCUAUCUAGGGUUUUAAAAAACAAAACACAACAACACCAAGUGGAAGUGGAAGAGGAGAAGCAGCAGCAGCGGGAGAGAGAUUUUACUGUUGUGAUACGAGAGACUAGAAGCACUUGGGAAAACGCAACUUCCUUGGACCCAACCUUUUUGUUUCUCACCCACAUCGAUAGUUGGCUUUGUUCGAUGACCGCUCCACUUAAGUUUUAUUGACCCCAUGGCUCCUGAUUUGCUCCUCUUGUUUCAGGUUCAAACGAAAUUUAAUUUUAUUGCAGGUUGAGCAAUAUCAUCUCGCCGCCGUUGACGUUUAGUGUAAAUACGACAGCAGUACAAAACGAACGACACUCAGGUUUAUACAUGGAAAGUGCUUUGCCGUACAUGUAUUUAUCGAACUGUACAAAAAAAAACCCCCAACAAACUGAUGCGGUGUUUACAGGUGUCAGCCCUCAGCACGUGAGCACGAUGUUAAACUUCAAAGCAUCUUCACCAUUGUUUUUGCAUUUAAGAUGGAGUGAUUGGAAUGAUCUCUGUUUAUUCCCAUAUUGUUUAGGUGGAGCUCUGCAAGUCGUGCUUUUUCUCUGUAGCUGUUCAUAGUUUGUAUAGCCUCGAGGUUGGAAAGAACGAGGGUAGUGGAAAGACCAAAUCUUGUACAUUGCUAGGGCUUUCAAAUGCAGUCUUUGCAGAAGCUAAAUGUUGUUCUCAAAGGAGCCGGUGUUUACAAAGUCUUAACCCAGUCCAUUCAGACACGCACGCGUGCGCCCACACACACAAGUGCCUAGACUAAACAGAUCUAGGAAGUGAGGGGAUUAGUACACACAAGCUCAGCACAAUUGCGUUCCUUUGUUCCUACGCAGAAUCGGGCACCGGAGGCAGUUUGUGCCCUGUGUAAGAGAUCUUUGCAGUCAGAGGGGAUAAGUUUCCCAACCAGGCAGCAGAGUCUGGAAGGCAGUCGAAUCGAGUCCCACCGUCUCCUGGAAACGCUGAGGUUUCCGCUCGUUGUUGCACAUGGAGGUGGUGUGUACUUUGCAUCUGCUACACAACCAUUACUUGAUGCUACCUUUAGUGUCCCUCCUGUGUCCAUUGUUGGUUUCCUGUGCUCUUCUAGAGGAGGACCAGACUCUACCAGGAACCUCAAGUACUACCGUUCAUCAAAGGAACAUGUGUCGCCUCUUUAAAGAAUGGGUGUAAAGAGUAGCACGCUUUAGGCCCUGCUAGUUUCCAGACUGAGAGACAGCUUUAUUAAUGAGCACCUCUAUUUGGCUUGUGUUUGAAUGUUCAAGCUAGGACCUCCCAUCAACCUUCAGGUCCUUGACUUGAGCGUAGGGGAAAGAAAGACUGAUCAGUGAAGGAGACAGCUUGAUGUAUGAUGAAAAUACACCAUUAAGAUCUGCAUCUCUUCAUGCUUGAUCUUCAAAAUGGUGAUAAUAAAGUUAUUAGAUUUGAAAUUUGAACCUACCUACUAGCUGGAAUCUAGUGUAAGAAUAAGUCCAGAUCCCCCUCCAUGUCCCUGGUGGCUUUUCACGCGAGACCCGCCCAGGAACGAACAGCGGUGGCGUGACCGCAUGACCUCUCCGAGCCAACAGCGUGAUGUGAAUGCUGACACUAAAUCGAGGUGCCAAACAAGAUGUAGCUACUCCGUAAUCGUGGCACGAUUGAGUUUCAUUCAGGCCACCAGGUUGGAGGUUGUUUUGGAGGCUGGUGCCAGGGGAGGGGAGACUUCAUUAUCUUUUAUUAAAGGAAAAACAGCAAAUUGAAUAGCAUGCAAACUGCCAAGCAACUACUGAAUGCUGUUUGCCAUUAAGGCCUGUUUCCCAUGAUAAAAAUGAAGCAACUACACCCCCCCCCCCCUUCCACAACCCUUUUGUGUUUUUUGCAAUUUACAGCCUACCCAUCUUUAAAAAAAAAAAUCCAUUAAGGAAAACCUCACGUGUGAUGUGUGGCACUGCCUCUUGGAACAGGCGGGGGGGGAAAAGGUCAUUUUUAAAACCAUUAGUC